CAAGUCGAACACGAGGCAGAGAAAACCUAAAUAUCACCCAGUCACGCGUGACAGAAAACAAAGGCGAAGGACACUGCAGACCGCACGAAAUUUUGGGUACUGGGAGAGUAGCUCUGCAAGAUCCAUCGGCAGCCUUUUCGACCGCUUCUAAAAAGUAUGCAGAUUUUGUGCGAACUUUGCAUUUUGUUGGCAUGCUUGAUGCAGGUUGGAGCUAUGAAUGCUGAAUGUCCAGCGUGGAGUGUGGCUUGUUUUGAUGGGGACGGGUGUGUUAGCACGGCCAGCCUCUGUGACGGACGAGUUCAGUGUAGGGACCGGUCAGAUGAACUACUCUGUACAGCAAAGAAAGCUGAUAUUCUUCAUUGCCAUGGUGACAUGUUUGUAUGUUGGGAUGGAGAAGAGUGUAUUCCAAGGACACAACUCUGUGAUGGUGUGCAUGACUGCUCUGAUGGAUCUGAUGAGCACAUCUGUGAACCUCAUGAAAGGUGUAGGAGAGAGGGGCUAUUUCUGUGUGCCAACAAUCAACAGUGUCUGAAUACCAGUCGCCUCUGUGACGGAAAGUCGGAUUGCUGGGAUGGUAGUGAUGAGCAAGGAAAAUGUGAUGAGGCUAAGACUGAAUGCAGUUCCAACAAAUGCCAGCAGAUAUGUGAAGUUUCACCAGAGGGAGCUAAAUGUCGAUGUCUCCCAGGAUACCUCACUCUACAAAACAGGACUUGUAUAGAUAUAGAUGAGUGUAAAGCAGCGGAACCUCCUAUAUGCAGCCAUAUUUGUCAGAAUUUUCCAGGGAGCUAUAAUUGUUCUUGUCACCAUGGAUACAAGCUUACAGAUAAUGGAAAAUGUUCGAUUAAUGGAUCCUUACCUAUCUUUCUUUUGGCCCAUGGUGGUGAAAUCCAUGGAUAUGAAAUGUUUCAGAAUAGAUCAAUCUCGUCCAAUGCUGCCCAUAUGUAUGUGGAAGAACAUGAUCAUAUCAAAGCAAUGGCUUUGGGGCCAAACAAGGUGCUGUACUUUAGUGAUGUUGUCCACAAGAAGAUUUACUCCUCCCAUCUGGAUGGGGACUGGAAGGCUCAAGGACAGGAGGUCAUUAAUGUUGGUCUCCGGAAUCCAGAGGGAAUGGAUGUAGACUGGAGUACCGGACAUUUAUACAUUGCUGACAGUGAGGAGGGGAAGAUCCUGGCCUGUCAGGAGAAUGGGGACGUUUGUACUGCUGUCGUCACUCACCUAGGCCACCCCAAAGCUCUCAGCAUUGACCAAAGAAAUAGACAUCUUUACUGGUCUGAUGCUGGAGAGCCCAGAAUGAUUGGGAGAGCAGAUCUCGAUGGCAGGGGGAGGAUAAAAUUUGUGAGAGACCAUGUGGGGCAUGUCACAGCAAUGGCUGUGGACUUUACAACAAACCGCUUGUACUGGGCAGAUAUCUUGUUCCACAAGUUGGAGAGUAUUGGUCUGAAUGGCAUGGACAGAAAGAUCAUUUUGUAUGAUGACCGUCUAAUGGGAGCAGUCAGUAUUGCCUUGUUUGAAGAUAAGAUUUACUGGACCAACCCAAGUCACGGGGUAUACUCCGCUAAUAAGUUCACAGGCAGAGAUGUUCAGGAAGAGCUAUCGGAGACGCCUAGCAUUGCUUCCUUGAUCAUAAUGCAUCCAAUGCUGCAAAAUGAAGAAAUUAAAGACAACUCUUGUUCUAGUGCAGAUUGUUCAGACAUGUGUUUGCCAACAAGUGGCCCCGGACAUCGGUGCGCUUGUCCUGAGGACAAACAUCUGGAAAGUAACAACAGGACUUGCCAAAUUAGCUUUGAAGUACCAAGAGCAUACUUUGGUGCUAGGAAACAAAUUCAACAGUUUCCUCUUCUCUCUGUGGGUUACCAAGACAACCUAAUUGGAACUGUUAUUGAAGAAAACAUCGAGAAGAUUUCUUCCCUUGAUGUCAGUCAUAAGCAUGGGAUCCUGGUCUACAGUGAUAUCCAACGAGACGUCAUAGCAAGAGUCAAUAUCUCAGACAACAUGGGGUUCUCAAAUGAGAAAAUCGUAUAUUCUAAGGAUCUACAUUCUGUUGAGAAGUUACAAUUAGAUGCAGUGACUGGAAAUAUUUACUGGGUUGAUAUGGGGAAAAAAACAGUUGAAGUGGCCAGUCUAAAUGGAGAAUAUCACAGAGUCUUGAUUCCUUCCAGCCAUUUUGUGCAGAGACUUACAUCUUUAGCCGUUGCCAUAAUGACUGGACACCUGUAUUUAUCCCUUGUGGGUGUGAAUCCCACAAUUCUCAGUUGUACACUGGAUGGCGUUUCCUGUCUCCCACUAUCAGUCGAGGUUUAUCAUCCCAAUGACAUUGUACUUUAUGAAGGUCGACUAUAUAUAGCUGACGGGGAUUACAAUGCGGUACAAAUAUUUUCUGUUGAGGUCCCUGAUGGCGGCUAUCGUAAAGUUCAUUGGCAGGGGUACAACAGAGAUCUGACAAGAAUGGCUAUCUAUAAUGAUGUUUUGUACUGGACAGAAGACAAAGGAACUAGUUUGUUUUCUGUCAGCUUACGGAAUAAUCAGGAAGAAACCAUUGUGCUCCAUGACAUUAUCCCGUUAUCAAGCAUUGUAAUAUGGAAUCCAAAACUGACAGUAGUGGAGAAUGCAUGCAGUAGGAACAAUGGUGGAUGUUCACACUUGUGUCUGCCAGUAUCCCAGAAUUCUAGAGUGUGUGUGUGUAGCGAUGGGUUCCUUCUACAAAAGGACAACACUUCUUGCAUUGAAUGUAAAGAGCCCAGUUGCCUCUGUGAGACCUAUGGAAAUUGCUCGAGCAUCCAAACAGAGUGUGACGGCCUUGUUUGUGAUGUUAGUCGGUGUAUUCCAUCAGAGGCCAUUUGUGAUGAAGUACUUGAUUGUCAAGAUGGGGCAGAUGAGGAAAAAAGUCAAUGUGACCAGACAAUAAUAACAGACUGUGGAGAAGGGUGGUUUGAGUGUGACUCGGGACACUGUAUCCUGGAGCUCCUUGUUUGUAAUGGUCAGCCAGACUGUUCUGAUGCCUCCGAUGAAGGUCACCAGUGUGAAACAGCAUGUAAUAAUCACCACUGUGAUCACAAAUGUGUUUCUAUGCCCUAUGGAAGUGUCUGUCGAUGUAGACCCGGAUACCAAAUACAAAUCAAUGGCUCCUGUCAAGAUAUCAAUGAAUGUGAGGCAGACAAUGGUGGAUGCAGUCAGACCUGUGUUAACACUGAGGGAGGCAGGCUGUGUCAAUGUUCUCCAGACUUCAUCUCCAGCAACUCCUCCUGUAUUCCACCAGAUCCAUUGCCCUAUUUGCUGUUCCUGGAGCAAGGUUUGAUCACCCGCUACGACUCGGACAAUCAUGGAGAAUUAGUCACUGUCAGUGCCUCAAAGUCUUUUGUGGCCUUUGAUGUAGAUAUAUACACAGGAGACAUCUUUGGUAUAUCAUCAGAAGAUCCAAAGCUACUUUUGAGAACAAAUCAGAAUCGUCAAAAAGCCGAAGUUCUCCUGAGAAGGUCUGCCAAGUUUGCCUUUGUGGCCUACGAUUGGCUGGGCAGAAAUCUGUACCUAUCAGACAUUGCAACACCUGCUCUAAUCGUGUGUCCCCUCAGACACUUAAAGGAAGGAUGCCUCUCACUGUUCCAUGAAGAAACAGGGUCCAUUGUUCUUCACCCCCUUAAAGGGUUGAUGUUUUGGUUGUACGACGACGCUCUCCAGAGGAGUACUAUGUCUGGGGAGAAAAGGGGGAGUGUGGUGGACUUUGAGUCUACAAUGAUCAGCAGUCUGUCCCUGGACCAGUUCUCGGGAUUCCUCUACUGGAUUGAUCACUACCGAGGGGUCAUUGACAGUUGUGAUAUGAAUGGACAUAACAGAAAAACCAUUCUUAAAGGGGGACAUCUGAUGAGGUUUCUAUCUGUAGCCGUCUUUGGAGAUCACCUGUAUUUCACAGAGGAGAAUACUCAUUCCUUGUACAAGUACAAUCGUCUCACAGGAAGUAGGCAAGCUCUGACCUCCGACCUUGACUUUUCUCUGCAUUUAAAAGUCAUUCACCCCAUUCUCCAGAAUCCAGGUCCGCGCUCAGAUGUGUGUCAUAGGAGGUCCUGUUCACACCUGUGUUUGGUGACACCAGAGGGAGCUGUUUGUGCUUGCCCUGAUGGAUGGGACCUCAUCAGUGGAAAGAUCUGUAAAAGUCCUUAUGUUUCCACCUCUGCAACCCACAUAAAUACAACACAGAGUCCACCGAGAGCUUCUCCAUCCCCUGGCCCGCCACAAAAAAUCCCUACACCCUCCACCACUACCCUGACACCAUUGCUAUCUGUGAUCAACUCCACACUGGGCCCCCGUACAGAGACCUCCACCCUUCCUGUGUCCCUGUGUAACCUGCUGUGUAUGAAUGGGGGCACCUGUUCUUACUCGGAGGAAAAGAAAAUGGAUUAUUGCAUUUGCCAGGCAGGUUACACUGGUACCUACUGCAAUGAGGAGGAACCUUUAGAGGACCUCAGUCGAAGGUCUUCCCACACACACACCUCAAUAACUGUAGGUGUCACUUUGUGCUGCUUUCUCUUGCUUUUACUGAUCGUUGGUGGUCUUGGCUACAUGAAGUAUAAAAGAGAUAAGAUAGUAACUGUGUCAGAGAUAGUGCAUUUCCGUCCGCUCCUCGACAAAAACAAUGAGGAGGCUGAGGAGCUAGUCAGUGAUUUCCCAGAGUGCAUCAGUCACAGAAAUAGGAACCAGGUUUAUGAAGAAGUAAGUGGUAUUGACUCCGAGGACCAUGGAGGAUUAUCUUGGCAGUACUCCACAAUGUCAGUGGAUUCCGCAUUUAUAAGUCAUAUCGACGAAAAUGAUGACGUUACAUCACAGCUUAUUUCAACCAAUCAGAAAGCGUAAGGAUCAAUGUUUUGUUUCCUUCUACUCCUGGUGCAGUUUCCUGCACAGCUGUUUACCAAUUCUAGACUGUCUGAACCAGUACCAUGCAGUGCCAUUUUUACAGCAUAUUUGAUAUACAUGUAUAUAUUAAAUUUGCAGUAGUAAGAAACUUCGAUAAUUUUGAAUGGUCCUUAAUUAUACAUGUAUAACAAAACCUCAGACAAUAUAAAGCAUAUUUUUUUAUCUUCAAAAACUUUUUUAAAUUUUGUAAGCUUAUUAAUAAAUUAUAUUUUGAAAAUGUACAUAAAAAGAAAGUACAGGCAAGGUGGGAGUGAGUUACUCAGAAUUACGUCUUAUAGACAUUGCAUUUUGACCCAGAUUCUGGACGAAAUCAUUCACAAGGAUAUAUCAGUGUAUAAAAAUUGUAAAUUUUGAACUUUCGGUGUAUUAAUUAAGUUUAUUAACCAAAUGUUUCUGUUUGAUUGAGUUGUAGCAGAUAUUUUUAACAUGACUGUUGCAAAAUUAAAAAAAUUGAUUUUGUACCAAAAGGAAGACUAUGUAUUACAUGUAGUAACUUGUUAUUGAGUUACAACCUGUUUUGUUAAUCAUGGGUUGUUUGUUCAAUGUGAUCUUUAUUUUUUAUCUUGGGACUGAUUAUAAAUGAAACAUCUGUGAAAAAGAUGAAUAUCUGAAGGAAGGAAUGAAGCUUCAUGAUCUUAUGUAAUUUUUAGCUCACCGAGACGAAGUCAGGGGGAGCUUAUGCUAUACCCUUGGCGUCGGCGUCCGGACCUGGUUAAAGUUUUUGUUGCAGGUCCUGUAUCUAAGCCAUUACUUGUCCUAUCUUCACCAAACUUGCAUGGAUGAUGCAUCUGGACCUACUGAUGGACUUGAAAGACUUAGAUGCUGAAUCUGAGUCCUAAAUUUCAGAUGCUGGAGGAGGUUAAGGUUGUUUGACCAGGUUAAAGUUUUUGUUGCAGGUGCCCUUCGAUAGCAAUAUCUAAGUUACUGCUGGUCCGUACUUCACCAGACUUCCAUGGAUGGUGUGUCUUAUGAUACUGAUGCACCAGACAGGCUUGAAUGAUGAAUCUGAGAUACGUUUCGGAUGCUGAAGGAGGUAAAGGUUUUUAGAGCUGGUUAAAGUUUUUGAAACAGGUGCCCUCUGAUGAUUAUAUCUUGGUUAUUACUUGUCCUAACUUCACCAGACUUCCAUGGAUGGUGCGUCUUAUGAUACUGAUGCACCUGACAGGUUUGAAUGCUGAGUCUGAGCCAUAGGUUUCAAAUGCUGGAUAUGGUUAAGUUUUUUGGAACAGGUCACAUGUUUAAUAGAUAAUAGUACUUUUUCAAACUUGCAUAGUUGAUUGAACUGUAGUAUGAAUGAAUCACAGAGGAGGCUUCAGAUGCAGAGCUUGAUCUCCAUUAUCAAGGAUGCUAAAAAAUAUAUUUUAGUUAUUACAGGUCCUAACUUCACCAAACUUGAAUGGAUGGUGUGUCUCAUGAUACAGAUGCACCUGACAGGCAUGGAUGUUGAAUCUGAGCCAUAGGUUGCGGAUGCUGGAGCAGGUUAAGGUUUUAAUUGCUAGUGCCCUCUGAUGAUGAUAUCUUAGUUAUUACUGGUCUGAACUUCACCAAACUUGCAUGGAGAUGCGUCUUAUGUAUACUAAUGCACCUGACAGGCUUGAAUGCUGAAUCUGAGCCAUAGGUUUCAGAUGCUGGAUGAGGUUCAGUUUUUUUGGAACAGGUCACAUGUUUUAUAGAUGAUAGCUUGCAUAGUUGAUUUAACUAUAUUAUAAAUGAAACGCAGAGGUAGCUUCAGGUGCAGAGCCUGAUCUCCAUUAUCAAGGAUGCUAAAGAAAUUUCCUACCUCACUCAAACCUACUUGAUAGAUAGAUGUGUUUGUUGAUAAAUGAUAUAACAUGAUUCCUAUGAUAUAGUAUUUUAUGGUAUGACACAAUAUUGUUUAAUAUGAUACAAUAUAAUAUCAUAUGUAAUAUUAUAAAAAGUUGUAUGAUACG